CGAGGAACCCCUAAGAUGGCGGCGAGGGAGACGGUGAAGGUUGCCUCCCGCCCGUCCGGGCUCUGAUCCUCUGUCUCCCCGUCCUCCGGCGGCCGGCCCAUGGCCUGGCGGAGGCCCGAACCAUGGACCUCCGCACCGCCGUGUACAACGCUGCCCGUGACGGCAAGCUGCAGCUGCUCCAGAAGCUGCUCAGCGGCCGGAGCCGGGAGGAACUGGACGAGCUGACAGGCGAGGUGGCCGGCGGGGGGACGCCGCUGCUCAUCGCCGCGCGCUACGGCCACCUGGAUGUGGUGGAGUACCUGGUGGACCGGUGCGGCGCGAGCGUGGAGGCCGGUGGCUCGGUGCACUUCGAUGGCGAGACCAUCGAGGGCGCGCCGCCGCUGUGGGCCGCCUCCGCCGCCGGCCACCUGGACGUGGUGCGGAGCCUGCUGCGCCGCGGGGCCUCGGUGAACCGCACCACGCGCACCAACUCCACGCCCCUGCGCGCCGCCUGCUUCGACGGCCACCUGGAGGUGGUGCGCUACCUGGUCGGCGAGCACCAGGCCGACCUUGAGGUGGCCAACCGGCACGGCCACACGUGCCUCAUGAUCUCGUGCUACAAGGGCCAUCGUGAGAUCGCCCGCUACCUGCUGGAGCAGGGCGCCCAGGUGAACCGGCGCAGCGCCAAGGGCAACACGGCCCUGCACGACUGCGCCGAGUCCGGCAGCCUGGAGAUCCUGCAGCUGCUGCUGGGGUGCAAGGCCCGCAUGGAACGUGACGGCUACGGCAUGACCCCGCUGCUUGCGGCCAGUGUGACGGGCCACACCAACAUUGUGGAGUACCUCAUCCAGGAGCAGCCCGGCCAGGAGCAGAUCGCAGGGGGAGAGGCUCAGCCUGGGCUGCCCCAAGAAGGCCCCUCUACCAGCCAGGGGUGUGCGCAGCCUCAGGGGGCCCCAUGCUGUAGCUCCUCCCCGGAGGAACCACUGAACGGGGAAUCUUAUGAAAGCUGCUGUCCCACCAGCCGGGAAGCUGCCGUGGAAGCCUUGGAAUUGCUGGGAGCUACGUAUGUGGAUAAGAAACGAGAUCUGCUUGGGGCCCUCAAACACUGGAGGCGGGCCAUGGAGCUGCGUCACCAGGGGGGCGAGUACCUGCCCAAACCGGAGCCCCCACAGCUGGUCCUGGCCUAUGACUAUUCCAGGGAGGUCAACACCACCGAGGAGCUGGAGGCGCUGAUCACCGACCCGGAUGAGAUGCGCAUGCAGGCCCUGUUGAUCCGGGAGCGCAUCCUCGGUCCCUCGCACCCCGACACUUCCUAUUAUAUCCGUUACAGGGGCGCCGUGUACGCCGACUCGGGCAAUUUCGAGCGCUGCAUCCGCUUGUGGAAGUACGCCCUGGACAUGCAACAGACCAACCUGGAGCCUCUGAGCCCCAUGACCGCCAGCAGCUUCCUCUCCUUCGCGGAACUCUUCUCCUACGUGCUGCAGGACCGGGCCGCCAAGGGCAGUCUGGGCACCCAGAUCGGCUUUGCAGACCUCAUGGGGGUCCUCACCAAAGGGGUCCGGGAAGUGGAACGGGCCCUGCAGCUGCCCAGGGAGCCCGGAGACUCGGCCCAGUUCACCAAGGCGCUGGCCAUCAUCCUCCACCUGCUCUACCUGCUAGAGAAAGUGGAGUGCACCCCCAGCCAGGAGCACCUGAAGCACCAGACCGUCUACCGCCUGCUCAAGUGCGCACCCAGGGGCAAGAACGGCUUCACCCCUCUGCACAUGGCUGUGGACAAGGACACCACAAACGUGGGCCGCUACCCCGUGGGCAGAUUCCCCUCCCUGCACGUGGUCAAAGUGCUGCUCGACUGCGGGGCCGACCCGGACAGCAGGGAUUUUGACAACAACACCCCACUACACAUAGCAGCCCAGAACAACUGCCCGGCCAUCAUGAAUGCCCUGAUCGAAGCAGGGGCCCACAUGGAUGCCACUAAUGCCUUCAAGAAGACGGCCUACGAGCUGCUGGACGAGAAGCUGCUGGCCAGGGGUACCAUGCAGCCCUUCAACUACGUUACCCUGCAGUGCCUUGCGGCCCGGGCCCUGGAUAAGAACAAGAUCCCUUACAAGGGCUUCAUCCCGGAAGAUCUGGAGGCAUUCAUUGAACUGCACUGACCUGCCCAGAACGUCUGUACCCUCACCUCUCCACGCUCCUGCUGAAAAGCGGGAAAUCGGGCUGGGGUGUAGCAGAUGCUCCGUCUCGCCUCCUUCCGGCACCAAUCAGGAGAAGGGUUCUUCCGCCUCCCAUCCCUUGACCUGCAGAGAGGGUGGGAGGUGUUAGCCAGCCUUUGGUGCUAGAAGCCUUCAGGGUCACGUGCUAAGAGGACAGUCUUUCUCCAGGAGCCCGCUCACUCAUUCUGAGUUAGGGAAAGACACAAGGCCUUCCCCACAUCCUGUCUGCCUGGGUUACAGAGGCCUUUGCCUUGUUACCUAGAGGUGGAGGGACCGAAGCCAUUGCGUUCCUUCCCUGCUAGAAACACAGGAAGAAGUUGAGGACGGCCUUCCUUCCCUUGCCCCUUUACGUGGCCGGAUAACUCCAGCUGCCGAAUACAGUGUUAGGACUGGGGGCUCCCGAGAUGAGAGUCUGAAAGUCAGGGAAUGAGCCCACCUCUCAUUUCUUCCAGCACGAUCACGCCCUGCUCCCGUGCCACCGUAGUCCCUGGCAGACAGGCAGGGCUCUGCCCAGGGCAGCCUGCCACUUGCAUAGCUUUCGGUUGGUUUGGUGUUCUAUUUAUUUAAUAAGUGGGCAGGUUGCAAGCAUUGCACAGAAGUUCUGAGAUUUUGCUGCC